CCCUCCCCCCCCGACGGCGGGGCCGGUAUAAGGGCGAGUCGGUGGGGUGGGCGCGGCCUGCGGAGCGGCGCCUGAGUCGGACCCGGUCUCCGUUGCGGCGAUGGCGUGUCACCGCCUGGUGCUGGUGCGGCACGGCGAGAGCACCUGGAACCAGGAGAACCGCUUCUGCGGCUGGUUCGACGCGGAGCUGAGCGAGAAGGGGGUCGGCGAGGCGCAGCGGGGGGCCGAGGCCCUGCGGGAUGCCGGCUACCUGUUCGACUGCUGCUACACCUCGGUGCUGCGGAGGGCCAUCCGCACCCUCUGGAUCAUCCUGGACACCACCGACCAGAUGUGGCUGCCCGUCACCCGCUCCUGGCGCCUCAACGAGCGGCACUACGGCGCCCUGACCGGCCUCAACAAGGCGGAGACCGCCGCUCGCCACGGGGAGGAGCAGGUCCGCGUCUGGAGGAGGUCGUUCGACAUCCCGCCGCCCCCCAUGGACGCCGAGCACCCGUACCACAGCACUAUCAGCAAGGCACGUCGCUAUGAGGGUCUAAAGGCCUGUGAGCUGCCAACCUGUGAGAGCCUAAAGGACACCAUUGCACGGGCCCUGCCAUUCUGGAAUGAUGUGGUGGUGCCGCAGAUCAAGGCGGGCAAGAGGGUGCUGAUUGCGGCCCAUGGCAACAGCCUGCGUGGCAUCGUCAAGCACUUGGAGGGUAUGUCUGACGCAGCUAUCAUGGAUCUCAACCUGCCGACUGGGAUCCCCAUUGUCUAUGAGCUGGAUGCUAACCUGAAGCCAACUGGCCCCAUGAAGUUCCUGGGGGAUGAGGCGACUGUAAAAGCAGCAAUGGAGGCUGUGGCUUCACAAGGCAAGGUUAAGAAGUGAACCCCAAGGGGCCAGCAGCUGCCCAGAUUUCAGACAGUGUGCCAAGUCUCAGUUUUUUUUUAAAACCCAUGUUGCUGUUUAUUGAUCGCUUUAAAUUAAACUGCACUAUGUUUA